GUCCUCUAUGAUCCCUCCACUCAGUCCCGCGGCCCGGAAACUGGACAAGCUCACUGUCCUGAGGAGGGUGGUGCAGUACUUGCAGUCUCUGAGAGGUGUGACAGAAUCUUUCUUAGGAGAUAAUUCUAGACCUUCAUUUAUUCAGGAUAAGGAGCUCAGCCACUUGAUCCUCAAAACAGCAGAAGGCUUCCUGUUUGUGGUCGGAUGUGAAAGAGGGAGGAUUCUCUUCGUAUCUAAGUCCAUCUCCAAAAUGCUGCAGUAUGAUCAGGGCAGUUUGAUGGGACAGAAUCUGUUUGAUUUUUUACAUCCAAAAGAUGUCGCCAAAGUAAAGGAACAACUUUCUUAUGAUGGCUCCCCAAGAGAGAAACCUGUGGACACCAAAACCUCUUUGCAGGUUUACAGUCCCGGCCCCGACCGCACAUGCAAUCUGGCUCCAGACGAUCUUUCUUCUUUAGAAUGAAGAGCUGUAAAAUCCCCGUCAAGGAAGAACUUCAACGUUCAUCCUGCUCAAAGAAGAAAGACCACAGAAAAUUCUACACUGUCCAUUGCACUGGAUACUUGAGAAGCUGGCCCCCGAGUGUUGUUGGCAUGGAGAAGGAGAGGGACAGUAAGAAAGACAGUGGUCCUCUUACCUGCCUGGUAGCCAUGGGCCGGUUGCAUCCAUACACCGUCCCUCCGAAGAGUGGCAAGAUCAAAGUGAGGCCAAGUGAGUUCGUGACCCGCUUUGCCAUGAAUGGGAAAUUCGUCUAUGUGGAUCAAAGGGCAACAGCGAUUUUAGGAUACCUGCCUCAGGAACUCUUGGGGACUUCGUGUUAUGAAUAUUUUCACCAAGAUGACCAUAGUAGUUUGACUGACAAGCACAAAGCAGUUCUGCAGAGUAAGGAGAAAAUACUUACAGACUUGUAAAAAUUCAGAGUGAAGGACGGCUCCUUCGUAAGCCUCAAGAGCCAGUGGUUCAGCUUCACUAACCCUUGGACCAAAGAGCUGGAGUACAUUGUGUCUGUCAACACACUGGUUUUGGGGCGCAGUGAGACUGGGGCAACCCCCUUCCUUUACGGCAGCAGCCAGUCCUCAGAAGACUCGUUCAGACAGUCCUGUGUCCGUGUGCCUGGAGUACCCACGGGGACCGUGCUUGGUGCUGGGAGUAUGGGGAAAGGCAUUACAAACGAGGUUCUGGGUUUACAGAGGUUACACUCCUCAUCCCCAGAAGAUUCAGAUCCUUCAGAAAGAGCUGGAGAUUGCCUCAGUGUAAACUGCAGGAACGCCAGUGUGCCCGUGAGUGGGGUGUCCAUGGCGAAUCCUGGAACAGGGGGCCUGGAGGCUGCCGGGCAACACAAGAGCCCUGAAGCUGCCCACAGUCACGGGCCGCUCCUCAGUGAUGGUGCCCAGCUGCAUGUGGAUGCCCUGGGUGACAGCGAUGACACGGCCAUGGCUGCGUUCAUGAAUUAUCUGGAAGCAGAGGUGGGUCUGGGUGACCCUGGGGACUUUGGCGACAUCCAGUGGAUCCUCUAGUGUUUGAUCCACAGGAGACCGUGAACUCAAGGGAGGAUCCCUGCGAAGUGUUCCAUCUACAAAUCACGCUGUUCUCCAGCACUGUGUCUUUAUCUUUUAUUAAUAGUCUAUCGAUUUUUAUACAUCUGCACCUUACUCUCACACGGUUGUGGGAGAACAAGAUGUUUUCCUCCACAGCCAAACAGUCAAG